GCAGUAGAUACAGAUCUUGAUUUCUGUAUGUCAUACUGUUCUCAGUCAGUGCAGUGGGGUUGUAGUGCUGUCAGGGCAGCUCUUAUAAUUGAGAUAAACUUUGCAAAAGAAGUUUGAUGCCUUCUGGAUCAAUGUGGCUUCAGUAAAUCUGAGGAAAAACAUAUUCUGUGAGUUACUGGUUUCUAAAAUAUCAAGAUGGGUUCUACCACCGUGCCUAUGACUUCAACCAACAACAAUGUCUCUACCUGUGACAGCCUGUACAACCACCGGGACUACGCCAGGGUGCUCAUGCCCCUUUUCUACUGCACUGUGUUCAUCGUGGGGCUGCUCGGUAACUGCCUCGCCCUCCACGUCAUCCGUCCCAAUCUGAAGAAGAUGAACUCCACCACCCUGUACUCUCUCAACCUGGUCAUCUCUGAUAUCCUUUUCACGCUGUCCCUGCCUGUGAGGAUUCUCUACUAUGCUCUGGGCUUCCACUGGCCUCUGGGCGAGCCGCUCUGUAAGAUCUCCGGCCUCAUUUUCUACAUCAACACCUACGCGGGGGUCAAUUUCAUGACCUGCCUCAGCGUAGACCGUUUCAUCGCUGUGGUCUUGCCUCUGCGCUUUUCCCGUUUUAGGAGGGUUAGCAACGUGCGCUACAUUUGUGUUGGUGUGUGGCUGCUGGUCCUGGCACAGACCCUCCCCCUCAUCGGCAUGCCUAUGACCCACAGGGAAGACGAUGACUCCAUCACCUGUAUGGAAUACCCCAACUUUGAGAGUGUCGACCAUAUUGCUACUAUACUGAUCGGCGCAGUCGUCCUGGGUUAUGUCAUCCCUGUGGUCACCAUCCUGGUGUGUUACUCCGUCUUGUGCUCCAAACUCCACUUAACAGCCAAGACCAACCAUUUGAUGGAAAAGUCCGGUCGCAGCCGCAAGGCCAUUGGAGUGAUCUGCUGCGUGUCCCUGGUGUUUGUUGUCUGUUACAGCCCCUAUCACAUCGACCUCCUGCAGUACAUGAUCCGCAAGCUGGUGUCGGACCCCGACUGCACUGAGCUCACAGCCUUUCAGGUGUCACUGCACAUCACAGUGUGUCUGAUGAACCUCAACUCCUGCCUGGAUCCAUUUAUCUACUUCUUUGCCUGUAAGGGCUACAAGAGGAAACUCAGGAGGCUGCUGAAGCUGCAGGUCAGCAUUUCCUUCUCCAGCGCAGUGAGGACGUCACCUGAAGGCUCCUCCAAGGAUAUAAUUGAUGGCAACAAGAUCCAACUCAACAGUACUACUAUAGGUACAACCAGUGAGAGACUCACAGACAGGAGAUUACACAGGUAUGAGCAAGCUCAGGAGUCACAUUAGAAGUGAGAAACUUUUAUGUCUCAGUGGGCCGACUUCAGUCAGGACAGUGUCCCCGACAAGCCGAUCUGAAUGUUGAAAUGGACUCAGUCAUGCCAUCAUGGACUCCAAGCAGCUACUCAGCAUCUGGAUCUAUAGGAAUUCAGUUCUAUUGGACCAGAUUAGUUUACAUAAGGGAAGAACAUAAACAAAAAAAAACAAAAAAGAAGGAAAAUACAGCAUCUUUUCUGUUUAUGUUUUCUUAUCAAUUAGUGAAACGCUCAGGAACACAGAAAUUAUUACAACAAAAGAAAGAAAGGAUGAUCCUUUUUUUUUGAUAAAGCAUGUUUGUGUCCUGCCAAUAAACUGAUGAGGCACAGCACAAAGCAGAGACUGUCAGAAGUGGACAGUCAACGGAUAAAGAGCUGAAAGAGACACUGAUGAACAUCUACAAGCCGACACAUGAAGACUUAUACUCACUUGAAAAAGAAAAAAACAUCUUGAAACCAACAACUUAAUAUUUGCAGUCAGACAUUAACCUCUCAACGUAUCUCAUCUACGCAGUGUUUCUUUAAGGAAGUGAGACGUUAAAGUGGAAGUAGAGACUCACAAUCAGACUCACAAUCUCAGUUUCAGUUCUGCACAUAGUUGUAAAACUGAUAAACUUCACACUCAUUGUCUCAGCCAUUUUAGCAUUCAUUGACUUAUGCUAAAACUGGACAUUAAAAAUGAUGUCAUUUUAUUUAAUAGCUUGUUGAUUGAGCUUUUUUUUUAAAGUUCUGUCAAAAUAGAAAUACUAUCAAAACCAAUUAAAAAUUGUCAGUUUGAAUUUUAUAUCAGUUAAGACGACUGUAGUGAUAUCAAUAUAGGCUAUAUUAAAAAUCAGAUGUCAUUUCAUUUGCCCAGAAUGCUGGAUAAUAUUGAAUAAUUUCUGUUUGUACAAAAGUACAUCAUGUGGGAUUUUUUCUUUAUUUUGGGAAUUAGUUUUCAUUGCUCUGUAAUUCCACAAGUGAUCGGCAGAGCAACACAUGUGAAAGGUCGCGUGGAAAGCAGUCCUGACUGAACGUGUAAGUAUGUAGUAAUCCUCAAAUAAAGAAAAUAACAUAACAUACCAAAAAUGUAAAGAAGCUCACAAUGUCGAUUGCAAACUGCAGUGAAAUGGAUUGAGCAGGAUAUAAAUUCACACGUUUCUCUGAUAGUUUACUGUGUGAUGAGCUUUUAUCCCCCCUGACAUAGUUUAGACAGUGAAGGACCGUAAUGCAUCGUAAACGUAUCCAGUACACAUUUUUUGUUGCAGGAUUGACAGUUCUUCACUGAUCAUCCCUCUCAACUCCUGUCACAAACAUUUAGUCAUUGUUGUUCAGCUCUGAGAGAUGUUGAGGAAUUUAAAAUUAUCUAAAUGUUUAAAAACUUGUAGAAACUGUAAGUGAAACUUGCUUUGUUUUUUCCAUAUUUGUUCUAAAGUUUAAAGAAAAAUUCUAAAAAAGAAAAAGAAAAAUGAAAAAAUUGAGAGAACUCAAAAUUUUCAAGGCAACAAACUUAAGCAAAGUUCUGAGUUUGGCAUUAAUUUAAUUUCUUAAGUUUAUGCAUUGAAUGUUUACCUCUGUUAAUUUAUUCCAGACAAAACAUUAUUUUACAUCAACACAACUCACAGUUUUUAGUUCUGUGAAUCUGCUCGUCUAAAAUCUAGACAGGUCUACAUGUAUAACAAGACACGCAACUGUCUCCAUCAUUUUUUUCAUGUGAGAAAAAAAAGGAUUUCUGGGGAAGUUUAACCUUAAUGCAAAGCAUGCUGGGAAGUAGGCCAUAUGCAAAUAUGCUAAACAGAUUGCUGCUCUUAAUUUCUGUUCUGAAAGUGAUAAUUACAUGAAUUAAUAGAACUUUCUUGCUUUGUGAUGAAUCACAGGUCAAAAUUCAAACUUUUCAGGUCUCAGGACUUUCAGGACCUCUUGACACUUUUAUUUUAAAUGUUGAUAAUAAUUGUAAUGAGGCAUGGUUAUUGUUACCCUGGUCAUGCUUCAAGUGUCUAUUCUGGGUCCUGUGCCAUUCAUCUAGUUAAGUCAAUUCUACUGUGAUCAGUGUAGGUAAUGCAGGACGCAUACAUUUUUGUAACUUUAAUUAAAACACACUACUGGUCCAAAUUAAAUUAAAUAAUAUACAAGAAUUACACAAAACUGUAGUAUAGACAAAACUUUUGGCAGAAUAGAAUAUUGGAUGAUUCCAACAUUUUUAAGUUAAGUAUUUAUUUCUGCAAAACAGCUACUAUAGGCAUAGUUAAGGUGAAGUGCGAAAUCAUGGUUGUGAAAUAUUAAAUAUAGUUUAGGCACACAUUUGGUCUGGGGUUAGUGGAAGUAUGUGGUUAUGGUUUAAAAGCCCGUUUGUUGGUCUUCGGCAGGGUGUAAACUUUUUUUUAUCUACAGUAGACAUCACAGACAGUACGUCCGUUCACUCUCCACCAAUCAUCUCAACCAUCCAAUAUGAGCAGAAUUGCCUGUAAAGUCCUAAACUGCCAAGAGAAAUACUUACUGUCAGCCUUUACAUUACAUACAGAAUUAUAUUUGUUUCUUCCCUAUGUGAAUGUCAGAUACAUCUUUAUGCAGAUGAUACGGUUUAUAUCUAUGUAUUUAAAUCAGGACAUGGUGAAAAUAAAAUAACAUUCUUUUUGUACUUGAAAUCCAGAACUACAGGCCACACACAAAUAUAUUGUCACAUAAAUAAAUAUAUUGACUGGCUUUUAUUGAAAGAGUCACAGAAUAUAUUAAGCUUGAGAUUAAAUCUAAAUCUAGACCACAAUGUCAGCAAAGUUUAAGGAAGUCAUUCAUAGACAUGACGCCGCCUCACGUUCAUUGCAAAACUCACCAUUGUGUUCUUUAUGAUACUGUUGAUUUGUUUGUCUGAAGGAUUCAGUCGUUUUCCAUCAAAUUACUCACAACACUUUAGAAAAUGACUGGCAGGCAAAAUAGAAACAAUAUUUGUAUCAACCAUUCUUCACACAUCAUCUGAUUCAUACAUCCGGCAGGUCUCAACAACAGCAGCAUUCAUUUCAUUCUGUUGCAGCAUUAUGCAACACUUCCAAGGCUUCAGCAAAACCACAGAGCAAACAUGUGUUCACAGUGAACAAAUGCAGUGCAGAGUGCACUCCGUUAUAUUCCUGGUAAUAAAAGUUUGAACUGUACAACAACA